CUGUAAGUGGCAGUGGAGGAGAAGCAGAGAGAAAGGGGCAGUCUGGCAUAAUAGAAGGGCAGCCGCAGCACGUGUGGAAGGGGACCGAGCGAAAAUCCUCAUGAUGGUUAUUACGCGCUCGCUCCGUAAUAGCACACCCCGGUCACGUCUCCUCGCAAGCACGUUUCGCUGGAACCACUGAGCAGAAGCAAAGAGGAGCUGACGACUAUGUGUUUCCAACGCCGGUUGCCCGAGCCCUGUGUUUGCCAUUGGCUGCGGUUCCCUGGUUUAUUUGCAGCUUCCCCCAUCUGGAAUAUGAAAAUGGGAUUGAAGUAGAUAAUUGCUAGCAGCGGGUUUUCGAGAGAGGCUGAGAGGGAACAGAAUGCCUCUCGCACAGCACAGGCUGCCGGUGCCCAAAGAGCUCCCAGAGAUGAUUUUAGAUGUUACCCACGUCUGAAUCUCCUGGAAACUUUACCGUGGAAGCGAGCCAUUGCGCACAAUCCCGGAGCUGACAUCCAAAAGGGGCAAGGAAGGGGCCAAACAAUGGGAUACCUUGUCCUUGGAUUGCUCAGAGACAAACCAGCAAGCGUUCCCCUCCGCUUCCCGGCAAAGAGGGCAUGAAGGCGGCAGCGAACUGAAUUUUACCCAGCGGAGCUUCAGUGGCUUUUAAGGAUGGGAUACACUGACCCUUCGUCAAGCAGGGAUCUGCUGGGAAACAGAACUUUGUUCUUCAUCUUCAUCUGCGCCUUUGCCGUGGUCACCUUGCUGCAGCAGAUCCUGUAUGGGAGAAACUAUCUCAAAAGAGGGCUGCAGUUUAGCUGGCAGAAUGGAGAGGAAUUGGCAAAUUGGACCGGCACCUUUAAUUUGACGGAUGACGGAGCAGUGAAGAGUGGCAGUGACACAGGCACCAGGUAUUUUGAGUUUUAUGAAGGGCCUUUGGAAUACAACUCUACCAAAUGCCUGGAAUUGCGGCAGGACAUCAUUGAGGUGAAGGUUUUAUCUAUGGUGAAACAAACGGAAUUAUUUGACAGAUGGAAGAGCCUACAGAUGUGCAAAUGGGAGAUGAAUGUCACAGAAGCUAACUUAUUCAAGUCUACUUUGUCGAGGUGUUGCAAUGCCCCUGCCUUUCUGUUCACCACCCAGAAAAAUACUCCCUUGGGAACUAAACUGAAAUAUGAAGUGGAUACCAGUGGAAUCUUCCAUAUCAACCAAGAAAUCUUCAAGAUGUUUCCAAAGGACAUGCCGUACCACCGCUCCCAGUUUAAGAAAUGUGCGGUGGUUGGGAAUGGAGGAAUUCUGAAGAACAGCAAAUGUGGCCGGGAGAUUGACAGUGCAGACUUCGUGUUUCGAUGUAAUUUGCCUCCUAUAUCUGAGAAAUACUUGACGGACGUUGGGGUAAAGACGGAUGUCGUGACUGUCAAUCCCAGUAUAAUUACUGAGAGAUUCCAUAAGCUGGAGAAAUGGAGGAAGCCCUUCUACGACGUGCUGCAGGUCUACGAGAACGCCUCCGUGCUGCUGCCGGCUUUCUACAACACCCGCAACACGGACGUCUCCAUCCGGGUCAAAUACGUCCUGGACGAUUUCGAAUCUCAGCAGGCUGUUUAUUACUUUCAUCCCCAGUAUCUCAUCAACGUCUCGCGCUACUGGCUCGGCCAAGGGGUGCGGGCCAAGAGGAUCAGCACUGGGCUGAUCCUGGUGACUGCCGCCCUGGAGCUCUGCGAAGAGGUCCACCUCUUUGGCUUCUGGGCCUUCCCCAUGAACCCCUCAGGGAUUUUUAUAACUCACCACUACUAUGACAAUGUGAAACCCCGCCCCGGUUUUCAUGCCAUGCCCUCAGAAAUCUUCAACUUCCUCCACAUGCACAGCAAAGGCAUCCUGCGGGUUCAUACGGGGACCUGCAGCUGCUGUUGACGGGGAUGCUUCUCCCACUGGUGCAAAAGUGUAACGGGAACUCGACGCCUGUGUGUGACAUGUGGGAGGUUUUAUUACACCCUGAGAUUAUGCAAUAAUUGUUUGAUAUAAAUUUCCUCAAGGCAUUGCAUCCCAUCAGACCUAGGACACCAGCAUCUUUCCUGCGAGUGGAGUUGGGUCCAUAACAGGGUGGGAGAAGCAAAACUCCUCCGUCCCAGGGUAAACACACUACCCUGGGAAGCAGGUCAGAUAAGAAGCACAUUUCCAGUAGGUUUAGGGAUAAACAGAGCACGUUAAUAUAGUUAUCAUUUCACUAUGAAGAAGAGCACUAAACUUUUGAGGAGAAUCAGUGGUGGAGAAUUUUAGCAUAGACUGUAGGGCUUUACAUAGGUUUCUGAGUCGAGUACCUUGGGGCAUUGCCAGAUUCUACUGAAAGCACUGUCCUCUGGCAUUUGGGCUUUUGAAAAUACUCUUUAGCAUUCUAGUUUUAAGGGGGAGUAUGUAACUUGAGGUCUUUGUUCUGUAACCACAAAGUAUUGGUGAAAAAUAGCAGAUGAUAGAUGCAAUAGGAAUGAACAAGGUCACUUUAUGAAAUUGUUUGGCCACGAUAGAAGAGAAUCUUAAACUCCCAUUCACAACCACAUGUAACUGUGUUGAUCGUGGUGUGCCAUUGUUUUAGAGUUUCUUUCCUUUUCAUCCUUGUGUCUUAGAUUUCUGGUCUCCUCUGCUGAUCAUGUUUUCUUCCUCAUUGCCUGUAGUGUUUUCCUUCUACUUAACGUGUCCCCUUCCUCUGACAGUGACCAUCUCAGCUUCAGAUUGGAGUCGUUGUCAAAGAAACAUUCUCCUUUCACCCUUCUGCAAGCUUUUCUUGGGCUGAGUAGCAAGGAGAUGAUGUAGUUAUAUUUUCUGAGUUGAUUUUUUUUUGGUUGAAAUAUCACAGCAUAAGAUAGAAAAAGGCAUUUCCUCUUUGAUUUUUAUUUUAGACUUUGUUGAGAGUAUCUGAAUGUUGAUUCACAGUUGCGUAGGUCAAAUUAAAUACUGCCAGGUAUCUGUGCUAAGUCCUGGCAGGAAAUGAAGUUAAAAUACAGUGAAGAUACUUUGUGGCUAGGAUUAUGAUGCUUAUUUUAAAAUUAGGCAUCUUGAGAUGUGGGGUGUCUUAAUGUGGCAUUUUUGUAUGUUGAGAAUGUUACUGGGAUAGUAAAAGGGCUGGUGUGUUCUUUAAAAAGUUAGCAGUGUAACUCUGGCAGUUAUGCCAAGCUCAAUUUUUCACCUGAUACAGUUAAACUGGCAAAAUCCUGCCGCAGAAAAGAUGCCAUAUGUAUUUGGUGGAGUUUAUUUUGGCCACUGAACUGUGUAGUAGGUAUAUGCCUGCCCUACUGGUACGUGCACUCUCAUAUUGGCAUGACUGUGGACACAGGAGGGUGAGGUUUGCUGUCUCAGCUCUGCUGGCAUAAUUAAACAAACAGAGUUUCCUCGUCUAGGUUCUUAGUCUGAAGCACUUGGGCUGUUGUCCGGUGCCAUGUCUUGUCUUAAUUAGAUAACAAGAUCUUUGAUCAAGGAUUUAGAGUUUAAAGUGUUAGUUCUAUAUAAGGUGUAGUUUUUGGUUUUUGUUUUUUUUUUUUUUUCUUUUAGGAGAGGGUUUAAAUCCAAACCCAGACUUGGAUUUUGAUUUUGUAAUGCAUGAGUGCACAAAGCUUCUUUUAAAAGCCUCUGUGCUGCGCUGAGAGCUGUGAAAGUUGCUCACGCUACGGAUAAAAUGAUCAAAAAAGGAAAUAAAGCACAACGGUCACCAUUUCAAAAGUCCCUACUGACCGGCAGUGACCUGGAUGGUAGGUGAGAGUGCAUAUCCUCAACUUUGCGCCUUGAUGAAGGUGUCAGAGCUCACUUGGGACAUACCAGCCAAGGAUAGGUGAAGGACCUGUGCUUAAGCUUUAGAUAUAUUUGCGUUGUUGUGCUUUGGGUGUCUUAGUAGUUACACCGUGUAGUGCUGAGCACCACCUCGUACGGGCCGGCUGCGAGACGGGCGGCGCGCUGAGAAUGGACCUGUAGAUGACAUAGUUUCCUUGACUUAAUAUGCAAAAGAGGUCUUCGUCCGUGCUGUGUUCUGUAAAUUUGUGUGCAAAGGGCUUUGAUAACGAAGUGCUGUAAGGGAAGUGCUAUUUAGAGGGUGUAUGUAUGUGACCCUGCGGGUUGGCCGUCGUGCUGUGCAUUAAGCUUUACCAUAACAGGAACGGGGUCUGGAGCCGGUUCCUAGAGCCCUCACUCCUUGUUCUGCCCGAGUGUGGGACUAGGGGUGACUUCAGUGUCGCUUUUCCUGCUGCUGCUUUGCUAAGGUUACCUUCUUCAGUAAGGGGAUUUUCUUCUACAGCGGUGAUGGAGGCGAACAAAAGUCAGCGAAAGGAGUCUGCCGUGUUGAGAAACACGCUUCAGAAAAGAUGGGGAAGCACUUGGGAAUCAUCCCUGCUCUGGAAAGAAACAGUGCAAAUCCCUCUUUUUAGUUGCAGAAAUCCUUUUGGGCUUUUUUUUUUUUUUUUGAACAGACAAAAGGAUAAGCAAAACUGUAAUUAGAGUUUUAGAGUAAUUAGAAUUACAGGGUCACAGGCAUUUCCUUUCCUUUGUUUGCUUCGUAUAAAUGACCAAUGUAGAUUCACCUUGGCUGUGCUCUAAUAAGUGCAGUUUUACUGUGUUCAGAUUUUGAUGGGUUGUAAACCUAUAGCUACUCUAUUUUUUUAAUGAUUAUAAAAUUUGUGGGCAGGAUACUUGCACGUUGUGCACCAAAGGCCCAAUCUUGCCACAUUUAUCUGAAAAGAGCUCCCAUUCAAGUGGGUGGGUAUUUUAUUUGUGGAGGGACUGCAGAAACAGGCCCGGGAAUGUCUGUGAAGGUGUACAUAGGUGUAUAGUUAGAUAUAAGGAAUGAUUUGCAAGCCAGAAAGAUAAUUAAAGAAAUAUAUAUAAAGUAGUCCUUGAGAUGAAUUGCAUGUUGCAACGUGUUUACUUUAUGAUUCGCUUUUCAGGCGUUGCUCAAAAAAUUAUUGAAAAGCUGUGGUGUUUGUCAGAAAUGCCAUAUGCAGAAGCUUCAGAUGUUUUUUGGCCCCCUUACCUUGCAUUGGGCUCUGGAAAAUCAGAUUUCUGCUGUUGAACCACAGGACCUCUGGGGCCUAGUGGAAAUGGCGUGGUGGUAGGGUCUGAGGAUGGAUCCUACCUGCUGCUCUGUUCUCCACGGGCAGCAAAUAAAUACUGCCCAGGAGAAUUCAGCUACCCAGAGGUCACUACCUGUGUUAUGUCAAUGUGGGGUGGGUGAGCCAGCAUUGACUGGCCUGAGCUUCUGCCUGUCCUGCUUAAAGGGACAAAAAUAAGGGCUGUUGCAGAAAGAAGGACCCUCCUUGUUUUCUGCCAUAUUUUUUUUUUUGGUGUAUUCAGCAUAAGAAAAUGCUCUUUUAACGACAAGAAUUUGUUCUGAGUUUGAGGCUAUCUUGUUUUCCCUUCUCCAAUGCGGUUAAAGUUCCGAAUCAUAGAAUGGUUUGGGUUGGAAGGGACCUUAAAGGGUAUCUCAUUCCAGUCCACCUGCCCUGGGCAGGGACACCUCCCACCAG